UUAAUCCUCUUUGGGCUGAAGCCGUGAAGCGUGUUCGACCAUGGGGAGACAUGGCGGUUAACCCAGUGUAUUAUUCCAUCCGAAAGCUCAUUACUCUGGGUAAUUAACGAAAUCAUGAGAGGAUCCGUGUUCAGGGAGUAAAGGAAAGUGUCAGGAUUGUUCAGUGGAUAGUUGACAGCUGUUUCUGACUGUUGGAGGAUUUAAAAGAACCUCGAGAUCACGAAGACACAUCACCUUCCAUCAUGCUUCCCUUAACGCACAAGGACUCCCGGAGUUUCGGCAGCAGAAUAAAGGAGAGAAUUCACGGCUGGACUCGAUUAAUCUUCUCUGAUAAAAAUACGAGAAAUCUCUUCCUCUUUCUCCUUUUGAAUUUCUCAUUCGCCUUCGUCGAGCUGAUCUGGGGCAUGUGGACGAACAGUUUGGGCCUCAUCUCCGACAGCUUCCACAUGUUCUUCGACUGCACUGGUCUCAUCUUCGGGCUCAUCGCCUCCGUCAUAACGAAAUGGCGAGCCAACGAUCGUUACUCUUAUGGAUACGUCAGGGCAGAGGUUCUCGCAGGAUUCGUCAAUGGAUUAUUCCUGCUGUUCAUCGCAGGAUUCAUAAUGUUUGAGGCGAUAGAGAGAGCAAUCGAGCCGCCAGAGGUGAAGCACGAGAGGCUGUUUGUGGUGUCUGUGCUGGGUCUGUUGGUGAAUCUAGUGGGAAUUUACGCCUUCCAGCAUGGCCAUGGGCAUUCCCACGGUGGUGGAGGUCAUGGUCACUCACAUGGGGGUCAUGGUCACUCCCACAAUCAUAAUCACAGUCAUGGUGGUCAUGGUGGUCAUGGAGGGCACGGGCAUGAUCACCACGACGUGGAAUUCGAGUCCUCGUCCUCUGGAAAUUCUCAGAUCAUGAAGAGUGUCUUCCUCCACAUUCUCGCUGACACUCUGGGCUCGGUUGGGGUAAUCGUCUCAGCUGUUCUCAUGCACCUGUUCGGAUGGAUGAUUGCAGAUCCCAUCUGCUCCAUGUUCAUUGCUCUCCUUAUUAUUAUCAGCGUUGGAUCACUUCUCAUGGAGUCUGGGGUUAUUCUCAUGCAGAGGCAGCCUGGUGCACUCGAUCAUCUUCUACCUCAAUGCUACAAUAGAAUUAAGAACCUCAGUGGUGUCUAUGAUGUCCAGGAGCCACACUUCUGGACUCUGUGCUCUGAUAUUUAUGUGGGAAGUCUCAAGCUCGAGGUUGCCAGGACUGUCGAUGCUAAAUACGUACUGGCACAGACACAGAUGAUAUUUCAUGCUGCUGGUGUCCGGCAUCUCACUGUCCAGCUGGAUUACACGCAUACGUGAUCCGAGGGGGAGGGAGAUGAGUUCCUGAGGGGGUUCUGAGGGACCUCGGGAUGUAUACUCCUGGAGAAGCUCCUGGGGGGCACUGGAAGGCCUGGAGAAUUUAUUCGGUCAAGUGGUGAAGACAGGCAUUCAAUUUUCAAUUGAUUAUCGAUUUAUCGACUCACUUUACUAAAUUAUUUGCAACUACUCUCCAGGAUUUUCUUUUGGUCAAUAAUUUAGUUUUUCUUUUUUCAUCCAGUAUGCGAAUUCCAGUGUAAAUACAAUUUUUGUAAGACAUCACUUUUUUUUUUGUUGAGGUACGCCUAAGGUGAGUACUGCCAAAUCCCUGUGACGACUGGGAGUUUAUGAUUGAUGGAGUGUCUGAAACUUGAUGAAUAGUUGUUGAAUAUUUUUACUUUUAUGCGAGGGGUGAUGGGCUGAUAAUGCAUUUUUCAUUUUUCUCUUUCCAUUCAUGCAUUUGAGAGUGUACCUAAAUUGAAAAAUAAUUCAUUAUUGUAAUUGGACAUUCCAAACUGUGACUCAGGGACAGCCAAGUCUCUGUACUCUAUCAUUGGAGAGUGGAUUGAGGCCAGAGGUGAAAACUUUUCCAAGUGUUGUGUGCAAAUACUUUGUAUUGUGAACGUGAAUCAUAAAUUAUUUUUGUGAUCCGAUGAAUCACCAGUUUUUUAAAUAAAGUCUUUAUUAUAUUUGAGGCGUAGGAUGAGAGGAUUAUUGAUUAAUUAAUGUACAUAAUCAUGAAUAAGUAGAACAAUAAAAUAUUACGGUUUUA